AGUGUUUUAUAAUGUAUUUCCAAUACUGGCCUCAAUGUGGAUAUGAAAUAAAAAUUAUUGUUUAUUUAUAGGUUGUUUUCUUCGUUUUUAGAAUAUUUGACAGCUUAAAUGCCGUAUGCUUUUAUUUUGACACAGCGGACGCAAAACAUCAGGUGACUUGUUGGAGUCACAUGAAUUUUGGGAAUACUUAAACAAUUUACUAGCCGGUUAACAUUUUGGCUCCCUCGCCUGAAAAGAUGCAUCUGGUGCUGCUGGGGGUGCUGCUGGGGGUGCUGGAGGUUUCUGGGGCUCCAGAUGCAGAUGAGAUCAAAUAUCUUCCUGGACUUUCGAAACAGCCCAGCUUCAAGCAUUAUUCUGGAUACUUCAGUGUGGCAGAUAACAAACACCUUCACUACUGGUUUGUGGAGUCUCAGAAAGAUCCGGCCGGUAGUCCGGUUGUUCUGUGGCUUAACGGAGGACCAGGAUGCAGCUCCUUGGAUGGUUUGCUCACAGAGCACGGACCUUUCCUGAUCCAAGAUGACGGUGUAACUCUGGAAUAUAAUCCUUAUUCUUGGAACAAGAUUGCAAAUGUCUUAUACCUGGAGUCACCAGCAGGUGUCGGCUUUUCCUACUCUGAUGACAAGAAGUACACUACCAAUGACACAGAGGUGGCCACAAACAACUACUUGGCCCUGAAAGAAUUUUUCAGGUUGUUUCCUGAGUUCAGCAAGAAUGAGUUUUUCUUGACUGGCGAGAGCUACGGAGGCAUUUACAUUCCAACGCUGGCUGAGAUCGUCAUGGAGGACAGCAGCAUUAAUUUACAGGGUAUUGCUGUAGGAAAUGGCUUGUCCAGUUAUGAACUAAAUGACAAUUCACUGGUCUAUUUUGCAUACUAUCAUGGACUUCUUGGGACUAGCUUGUGGAAUGACCUGCAGAAAUUUUGCUGCAAAGAUGGAGUGUGUAACUUCUACGAUAACCAAGAUGUGAACUGCUCGACUUCUCUCACUACAGUUCAAAUUAUAGUCUACCAGUCUGGACUCAACAUGUAUAACCUGUAUGCACCCUGUGCCGGAGGUGUUCAGCAGAGAGUCAGCAUUGAAAACGGCCAGUUUGUGAUCCGAGACCUGGGCCACCACUUCGUCAACCAUCCAUGGUCCAAAGCACAGAACGAGAAAUUGCGAGGUGUGGUCUCCCUGUUCAAAUCUUCAAGGCUCGAUCCUCCGUGCACCAACUCUACUCCAUCCACCCUGUACCUCAACAACAAGCUGGUGAAGUCUGCUCUCCACAUCUCGCCCAAUGCUUUGGACUGGAUCAUCUGCAGCGCUGAAGUCAAUCUGAACUACAAACGCCUGUUCAUGGACGUGAAGAAACAGUACCUGAAGCUUCUUGGAGCACUAAAAUACCGUGUGCUGGUAUAUAAUGGAGAUGUUGACAUGGCCUGCAACUUCUUGGGAGACGAGUGGUUUGUGGAGUCACUCCAGCAAGAGGUGCAGGUGCAGCGCAGACCUUGGAUUUAUUUCAAUGGUGAAACUCAGCAGGUCGGCGGCUUUGUCAAAGAAUUUACCAACAUCGCUUUCCUCACAGUGAAGGGUUCGGGUCACAUGGUUCCCACUGACAAACCCAUAGCGGCCUUCACAAUGUUCAGUCGCUUCAUCACCAAACAACCUUACUAGAACCCACUCAGGGAUUUUUAAUCUUUUUAAAUCUGAAUUUGCACUGUCACACUGGUCAAAUGUUUCAGAUUUAUGGACCACUGACUGUUUUCUGUCACUUAGCCACUCAAAACUGAUUGUGUAUUUCUGUAGUUUAGUUGCCAGCCUGUGAACUAGAUUAAGUCAUGCAUCCUGUACAUAAUGAUGUUUCAUCGUAUGUGUUUUGAGGGAUUCACAGACGUCUAUUCCUCCAUCCAUCUUUGAUUAUGGUUGAUUUAGUAGCGAGAGAUGCUGAGUGUUUACGAGUUGAAAUCCAAUCAGCUGUGAGUGGAUGCUGACUGUUUAUUGCACAAUUUUAGCUUAUGUCUUCUCUAUUAAACAUGAAACUGUAGCUUUUAUUAAUCAUCACAGAUAUUUUGUCAUCCCUUCAGGUACUGAUGCCUCACUGUGCUAAUUGUAGACUUUUGUUGAGGUGUCAUUGAGUUGCUCGUUUGAUUGUGGUUUUAAGUGAUG